GUCUGUUUCACAAUGUACCGAUAAGUUCUGCACAAGUUCCGAAUAAGCUAUUUGUUACUUAUUUGUAGGAUAAACACAUUUUUUGCGUUUCACGACUUUCGAAUAGUGCUAUGUGUCACAUAAAGUCAGCGAUAAGUUAUGGGUCGGUUGAAGUGGCAAAUAGCACAGUUAUCCGACACAUAAGUAGUGUGUUUGACAGUUAAAAUUGAAUGACAUUUUCUUUCUUUCUUUCGUUCGUGUUGUGUUUUAAACAAUUAUAUACCUAUUUCAAUGGCAAUGGACAUUUUUGAGACUCUUGAAGAUGAGUUUGAUGAAUAUUUCGAUAGACUCACAAUACCACGCAAGACUCCAGUGUAUCGGGAAAGAAUAAACUAUAUGGAGACAUUAGACGAAACGGACUUCAGGGCGCGCUUCAGACUCACUAAAAAAGCUGUGAUGUUUGUGUAUUCAAUUAUUGAGAAAGCAAUAUCUGUCCCUACAGAAAGGAAUUUGGCUAUAAAGCCAAUUAAUCGUCUACUGUUAACAUUGAGGUUUUACGCGACGGGAAGCUUUCUUACAGUAGUAGGUGAUUUCUCUGGUGUAAGCAAAGCUUCUGCCAGUCGCUUUGUCUACCUGGUUUCACAAGCUAUUGCACGAUUGCGUGGGUUGUUUAUCAAAUUCCCAAGCAACACUGAAGACAUCCAGCAAGAGUUUUUCAAUAUAGCUAAAUUCCCAAGGCUUAUUGGUGCUAUCGAUUGUACCCAUGUACCCAUAAAAUCUCCAGGUGGAAACAAUGCAGAAGAAUGGAGAAACAGGAAAUCACAAUUUUCUUUUAAUGUGCAAACUGUAGUGAGUGCAAAGUUAAGGAUCUUGGACAUAGUGGCUAGAUGGCCAGGAGCAGCUCAUGAUCAAACAAUAUUUAAUAAUUCUUUUAUAAAGCAACGACUUCAAAAUGGAGAAUUUAGAAACUGUGUAAUUGUUGGUGAUAGAGGAUAUGAAAAUACUUCAUACCUACUUACUCCACUACAAACUCCUAUGACUCCAGCAGAACAUCUGUAUAAUGAAUCCCAAAUAAGAAGCAGAAAUGUAGUAGAAAGAACCUAUGGGGUUUGGAAAAACAGAUUCCCUAUUUUAUCAAAAAAAAUUUUGCUAUCUGUAUCUCGUGUACAGGCUGUAAUAGUGGCAUGUGCAGUGUUGCACAAUAUUGCAAUAGAUAUGCGAGAUGACCAUUUUGAAGCCAUUUACUCCGUGGGUGAGCCAGAUGAACACGAUGUUGUGAAUCAAAGUAGUCUAGAAAAUGUGGGGGAUGCAACAGUGCGAAGUAAUUUAAUUAAUGAUUAUUUUGGUUCAUUACUAUAAUAAUGAUAGUCAUUUAUAGGCAUUUUGCAUUCCAUUAAUAUAGUAGGUUAUUAAAUGUAUCUGUGUUAAAUAAAAAACGAUUUAUUUUUCAAA